UCCCACUUCUCAUUUUCUGAUUCUACUCUCAAUCCAACAUGUCGAGCAGCCAAAAUCAGAAAUAUGAUAGCAGUUCAUUUCUCAUUGACAUCAGUAGCGCUCUCACCAGAGUCACUGCCAAUUACACUAUCAACAAUGCCAAAAAAAGGUGGCGUUUUGCUUAUACAGCAAUUUAUUCUAGAAGGGUCAUGCUUUCUCUGGCCAAAGAGGUCAUAUCCAAAAGAAAUCUCCAUCACUACACUAAACACUUCCAAACCCAGUCAUCCAGCUCCAGCAGCACUCUUGAUAUAUUUGAGCCCCUAGUUACCCCACAUGUGAGCAAUGAAACCAACCGCUAUUCUUUGCUCCCUGAUGUUGAUAAAGCCAGACUUGCUAAUAUGGUCAAGGACAAAAACUUGACAGCCCUUGCUGAAUUCGAAGGAGUUGAAGGUGUUGCAAAUGUUCUUGGUUCCAUUCCAGAAAAGGGAAUCCUUGGCAAUGAUGAUGACAUUGCCAAACGGCGCGAAUUGUUUGGUUCAAACACUUACCAAAGGCCACCACCAAAAGUCUUCCUACACUUUGUGCUGGAAGCUUUCAAUGACACCACAAUUAUCAUUCUUCUUGUCUGUGCUGGCCUUUCCCUUGGUUUUGGCAUAAAAGAACAUGGACCAGGGGAAGGCUGGUAUGAAGGUGGGAGCAUAUUUGUAGCAGUGUUUCUUGUGAUUGUUGUCAGUGCACUCAGCAACUUCAGACAAGAGAGACAAUUUGACAAAUUAUCCAAGAUAAGUAACAACAUCAAAGUUGAAGUUGUGAGAAAUGGAAGGCCACAACAGAUAUCCAUCUUUGAUGUUCUUGUGGGAGAUAUUGUAUCCCUUAAGAUUGGUGACCAAAUUCCUGCUGAUGGAGUGUUCUUAGCUGGCCAUUCUUUGCAAGUGGAUGAAUCAAGCAUGACAGGUGAGAGUGACCAUGUAGAAAUUGAGCCUUUAAAAUGCCCCUUCUUAUUGUCUGGAGCAAAGGUUGUGGAUGGCUAUGCUCAAAUGCUUGUGACAUCUGUGGGAAUCAACACAGCAUGGGGUCAAAUGAUGAGCUCAAUAUCCCGAGACACCAAUGAAAGAACACCAUUACAAGCUCGCCUUGACAAGUUAACUUCUUCUAUUGGAAAGGUAGGCCUUUCAGUCGCUUUUCUUGUUCUCCUAGUGUUGUUGAUUCGGUAUUUCACUGGAAACACACAAGAUCAGAAUGGGAUUAAGGAGUUCAGGCGGGGUAGAACAGAUAUAAAUGACACGUUCAAUGCUGUUGUGAGUAUUGUUGCAGCUGCAGUCACUAUUGUGGUUGUGGCCAUCCCUGAGGGUCUACCAUUGGCUGUCACUCUCACAUUAGCUUAUUCCAUGAAAAGAAUGAUAGCAGACCAAGCAAUGGUGAGGAAACUUUCUGCUUGUGAAACUAUGGGGUCAGCAACAGUUAUCUGCACAGAUAAAACUGGGACCUUAACGCUGAAUCAGAUGAGAGUGAGCAAGUUUUGGCUAGGCCUAGAAAAUGUUAUUGAAAACUUUUCUAAUGCAAUGGCCCCAAAUGUUCUCGAGUUAUUCCACCAAGGAGUAGGCCUCAAUACAACUGGCACUGUCUAUAGCCCUUCAUCAGAAUCUGAACCUGAAAUUUCAGGUAGCCCAACGGAGAAAGCUAUACUCUUAUGGGCAGUGUCAGAUUUAGGUAUGGACAUGGAUGAAUUGAAGAAGAAACACAAAGUUCUCCAUGUUGAAACAUUUAACUCACAGAAGAAACGAAGUGGCGUUGCAAUAAGGAAGGAGACUAACAACACAGUUCACGUGCAUUGGAAAGGAGCUGCAGAGAUGAUACUUGCAAUGUGUUCUAAUUAUAUUGAUAGUAAUGGCACAAUGAAGUCCCUUGAUGAAGAACGGAGUAAACUUGAGAAGAUAAUUCAAGGCAUGGCAGCUAGCAGCCUACGAUGUAUUGCUUUUGCACACAUGGAGAUUUCAGAAGAUUUUGAGAAAGCACAUGAAAUCCUAAGAGAAGAUGGCUUGACCUUGCUAGGAAUUGUUGGCCUCAAGGAUCCAUGCCGGCCAGAUGUUAAGAAGGCGGUCGAAAAUUGCAAACUUGCAGGGGUUGAAAUCAAGAUGAUCACUGGUGAUAACAUAUUCACAGCAAAGGCAAUAGCAACAGAAUGUGGAAUAUUAGAUCUUAAUAACCAUGUAAAUGCGGGAGAAGUGGUAGAAGGUGUGGAAUUCAGAAACUACACAGAGGAAGAGAGAAUGGAGAAAGUUGACAAGAUCCUUGUGAUGGCAAGAUCAUCCCCUUUGGACAAACAUUUGAUGGUGCAAUGUUUGAAAAAGAAAGGCCAUGUAGUUGCAGUCACCGGCGAUGGCACAAAUGAUGCACCUGCUCUAAAAGAAGCUGAUAUAGGACUUUCUAUGGGGAUCCAAGGCACUGAGGUUGCCAAGGAAAGCUCUGACAUUGUUAUCCUAGAUGAUAACUUCAAUUCAGUUGUUACUGUUUUAAAGUGGGGAAGAUGUGUUUAUAACAACAUCCAAAAAUUUAUCCAGUUUCAACUUACCGUUAAUGUUGCAGCUCUUGUGAUAAAUUUUAUAGCUGCAGUUUCUUCUGGAAAUGUUCCCCUAACAACAGUUCAACUACUAUGGGUGAAUCUCAUUAUGGAUACUCUAGGAGCUUUGGCACUGGCUACAGAACGGCCUACAAAGGAGUUAAUGCAGAAAAGGCCAGUAGGUAGAACUGAGCCACUUAUUACCAACAUUAUGUGGAGAAACCUUUUAGCUCAAGCUUUAUAUCAGAUUGCUAUCUUGUUGGUUUUACAAUUCCAUGGAAAGUCAAUCUUCCAUGUAACUGAGGAGGUAAAGAAUACUCUAAUCUUUAAUACUUUUGUUCUCUGCCAAGUUUUCAACGAGUUCAACUCGAGAAGUAUGGAGAAACAUAAUGUAUUCGAAGGCAUUCACGAAAGCCACUUGUUUCUUGGAAUUGUGGGAUUUACUAUUGUUCUUCAAGUCAUGAUGGUGGAAUUCCUAAGGAAGUUUGCUGAUACGGAAAGGUUAACAUGGAACCAAUGGGGAAUUUGUAUUGUAACUGCAUCUGUGUCAUGGCCAAUUGCUUGGUUAGUAAAGUUCAUACCUGUUUCAGAGAAACCUUUCUUCAAGAUUAAGCAGUCUUUUUAAUUUUACCUCAAGUUACAAUGAGGUUUCUAGUAUGAGGAAUCAUAAAUUACAAGCAUCUUGAAAACUCAAAUAUGAGAUAUUCGAGUUUAUGACACAUGGAAAUUCAAGAUCCCUGUGUUUCAAACAUACGAGGAUCUUGAAUUUCCAUGUGUGUUACACCUGAAUAUCCCAUAUUUAAUUUUCUAAGAUAUUUGGAAUUUAGGAUUUCGCUUAGCAAAAGCCUGCUUGGAACUGUAGGUAGGAGUAGUAGUUACUAAGUUCUUGGAAUGUGAAAGCAUAAUGAUGAUAAUUACCUCGUACUUAGCUUAAUGCCUAGGCCAAUUGUUAUGCUAUUCGCAAGAGUAUCA